AUGUCUCGUAAAGAUUUGACAUUGGUUGAAAAAAUUUCCAUUUUGUACAAAAUUAAGGCUCAACCUCAUAGUCUUCGUGAGUUAGAGAAAUUAAUAGGCAUGUCUAAAUCGGUACUAAGCCGAUUGAAAAAUAAUGAAAAAGCUAUUCGUGAACAAUGGGAAAAAUUAAACGGACAGCAAUAGUGCACCUGUAAACAAAAAAAGAAAGCGGGAAGGCAAAGAUCCCGAAGUAGACAAAGCUAUGAACGAAUGGUUUUCUGCUGUUACAGAACGUGGUGUUCGUAUUUCGGGCCCCAUGUUACAGCAGAAAGCUGAAUAUUUUGCUGAAAAAAUUGGACAUGGUAAUUUUAAGGCCACAGAAGGUUGGAUGAGUCGUUGGAAGGAUCGGAAUAAUAUUAAAUUCAAACGAUUUCACGGAGAUAAAUCAAGUGCUGAUUCAAACGGAGCUGAUGAAUGGUCUUUAACUAAAUUACCGGAAAGUUCUAAAAUAAAUAUUUUACAAGCUAUACAAUUUGUCGCUGACAGCUGGAGAAAAGUGUCAUCUGUUACGAUUCAGCAUUGUUUUGCACAUUGCGGUUUCAGAACACUCAUUGAUCUACCUAUUCCUUCUUUUGUUUCUAUUGAAAAUAAUGUAGCACAAUGCGUAGGAAAUGGGGAGUUAUUUUUAAAAAUUGAUGAUGGUGUGCAGUGCUUCAAUGAAAAUGAGAAUUACGAUAAUAUUCUUGACGAAAUUGCUGAGAGAAGUCUGCAAAAUGAAGAAAGUGAUGAAAAUGACGACGUUCAACCCGUCAAAAUUACAAGAGAAGCAGAAAAGUGCAUUGAUCAGCUGAGACUAUAUUUCAUGCAAAAUGGAAACGAAAAUGUCCCAACAACUUCACUAGAUGUUUAUGCAGAUUUUAUCAAUAAGCAAAGUCUUGAUAAAUUACAGCAAAGAAGAAUGGACGAUUUUCUGCAACCUAAUAUGAAUUAAGUAUGUAC